UCCGGCACAUCUCUAUCAUCGAUAUACGAAUAUAACCAUAACCUACACAUUUAAAAAAAUACAAACCAAAUAAUUAUUCUGUAUUCACAAAAUAAUUUAAAUUAGAAAAGUAUUCUUUAUUAAAUGAAAAAUGCCUACAUGGAAUCAAAUUCAGUCUCAACUAAGACAUCCAGCUAAUCCUGUUGUCUUUUUCGAUGUAACAGUUGGAACAACGGAAAUUGGACGUAUGAUCUUUGAACUAUUUGCUGAUGUCGUGCCUAAAACCAGUGAAAAUUUUCGACAGUUUUGUACCGGCGAAUAUAAAAAAGAUGGUGUUCCAUUAGGUUUUAAGGGUGCUAUUUUUCAUCGUGUUAUCAAGGAUUUUAUGAUUCAAGGCGGAGAUUUUGUUAAUGGCGACGGUACCGGUGUGAUGAGCAUUUAUGGUGGAAGUACCUUUCCUGAUGAAAAUUUUUCAAUGAAACAUGAUGCUCCAGGUUUAUUAUCAAUGGCAAACAGUGGAAAAGAUACAAAUGGUUGUCAGUUUUUCAUAACGUGCGCUAAGUGUAAUUUUCUAGAUGGUAAACAUGUGGUAUUUGGUAAAGUAAUUGAUGGACUUUUAGUAAUGAGAAAAAUUGAAAAUGUACCUACAGGACCAAAUAACAAACCUAAAAUACCUGUGACGAUAUUACAGUGCGGUCAAAUGUAAUAUAGUUAAUUGUUUUUGUAAGUGUGAUUUGCAAACGUAUUUGUAUUUUUUUAAUUUAUUAAUAAUAAGUUUAAUUUAGA